ACAGCAACUACAGCGAACACAUCCAGACCCUUUUCUGUUGACCGGAAAGCAGGGAGGAUAUUUUUUAGAAAAGGAGAUUGUCUUUUUUAAUAAAUGAGACAUGGAAACAGGUUCUUUCAUUCCUAAUUAUCCAGGAGUAGAAGGAGGCACACCUGAGGUGUCGGAGGUCUUUGGUAGAAACACACCGGACGUCCUUCAGAUGGCGGAUGAAAGUGAUGCUUGGUCAGAGGAGAUGGGCGAUGACUCUGUGUUCUACAGCGACGAGGAGCAAGAUCAGAAGGACAGAAGAGCUUUCCUGCCAAGUCAUUUUGGUGUCAAAAGGUGCCGACAACUUGUCAACAGUGUAGCAGAAGGGGAAACUCUUCAUCACAUCGAGGAGGAUCCAGGGGACGUUUUUAUUCACCACGGAAGCUUGGAAAAGCAGGCCAUGUGGACGAAAGAAGGAUUCCACAACCUCCACAUGUUAACCUCUCUACAGGCAGGAAAAGCACCGACUGAAUGUACAAAAAUGCUGCUGGAUGUUCAAACCAAGUAUGAUACAAGUACUCCAGAAGAAAAGGCUUCAGCAUCUUCCCACAACCUGCUAAAUCCACUUAUUGAGAAGAGCCAACAUCUGCCAAGAGCUGAAACGCAGAGGUCUAGAAACAGACGGCUUCAGCAGGACGCGGAAAUGGAGCAAAGCUUUCAAACUCGUCCAGAGUUUCUUCAGAACCCGAGCCGCUCGACUCUGCCUACCGUGAAGAAAUCCGGCUGCGACGGCUUCAACCACCUCACCUCCUCCAAAUACAGCACCGUGUCCUACCGCAAGAUCUGCAGAGGCAACACUCAGCAGAAAAUAAAAGACUAUGAGGUCAAGUUAAGGAAAAAGUGAAAUGUUUGUUUCAAAUAGAAAAUGAGAUUAGCAGUGCUUAAUUUAACAUAAAAUGUAAUAUAUUUGAAUUAUUUAUUUGCUUCUUCGUUGCUUAUAUGUAAAAACCAAAGAAAUAAAACUUCUUCUCAAGA